CAGGAGUUUAAACCGGCGAGGGAACAACAUCCGCGGACUUACUUUCACAAAAAUCCAAAUUAAACUGCCAAAGACAUGAUGAUGGAGGGAGAAGAGAAGGAGAACAUGACCAGGGUUGGUCGAGGGCUCCACAAGCCCCUCACCCACACAGUGUCCAGCCAUUCUUAUGGGCCAUCGAAAUCAACUGCAAAAUCUGUAACACACAAGUCGGUCUCCUCUAGAAAGUUGUUGAACCCCAUACCAGCCAACAAGCCAACUGCUGUUAUUAUGCCUCGGAUGGGUCCCCAGGUGUCACCAGGGUCAAGCAGUAGCCAAGCAGUGUCACACAAACAGGCUGCACCAUCACGUUCAAACACAGUAUCCUCAGCUCAGCGCAACAUCAAAACAGAAUCAACACACCCAAAGAGCAGUGCUAUAUCCUCUGCAGUAAACAAGCCCAUUGUAAACCGAGUGGCAAGUAAUACUCGGCCAGGCAUAGACAAAAAGGCUCCAAGACCACAGAUGGGCACUAAAGCUGUGGGUUCAUCUAUAAGAAGUGUAAAUCCUCUGCACAAACAGGCAGGAGACCAUAAGGGAAAUGCUCAGCUGAAGUCAGGUCAAGUGCUUCAUAAGACAGGAAAUGCAUCAGAAAGAAACGUGCCUUCAUCACAAAUUAACAAGUCUACUGCACCAACAAAGCAAGAACUAACAUCAUUAGCCAAGGAGCCUGUAGCUACAGAGCCUGUAACUGCGGAGCCUGUUUCAACAAACACCAUAGACAAACCCUUGGACGAUGGUCCAACAUCAAUAGUAGCCAGUCAGCAACAGAAACCUACAGAACCAAUUGGCUCACAGGAAUCUGCAACAGUCAGUGAAACCAAAGAACAAGAUGAAACAAAGUCCUCCUCUGAUCAACCAGACAGCCAAACAAAAACCCUACCUGAAGAGACAGAUGGUGAAAAACAAACUAAAAACACAGAUGAUUCUGCUACCCAAGAAAAUACAGCUAAGGAGCAAGAGACUCAGCAGACACAGGAAACAGAUGAAAAGAUAGAUGAUGAAUGGGGUCCUGAUGAAUCGGAAAAAAAAUCCUCUAAGAGACCAUGGGUGUUGGACGAUUUUGAAAUCGGCCGUCCUCUGGGGAAGGGCAAGUUUGGCAAUGUGUAUCUAGCAAGAGAGAAAAAGACUCAUACUGUGUUGGCUUUGAAGGUGCUAUUUAAGUCUGUGCUAAUGAAGGCAGGAAUCAUCCACCAAGUACGCAGAGAAGCAGAGAUCCAAUCCCAUCUAAGACACCCAAAUAUUCUCCGAAUGUAUGGGUAUUUCCACUGUGAGAAACGUGUAUACUUCAUGCUUGAAUAUGCACGAUAUGGAGAGAUGUACAAGGUGCUUUGCUCACAACCCAACAAGCGCUUUACUGAAUACCAAGCUGCAAACUAUAUUAUGCAGCUGGUUAGUGCCCUUGAGUACUGCCACUCCAAGAAGGUCAUUCAUCGUGAUAUCAAACCUGAAAAUAUUCUCAUUAAUGGAAAUGGGCAGUUGAAGAUUGCAGAUUUUGGAUGGUCUGUUCACUCCCCUAAUGAAAGACGCACGACCCUCUGUGGCACUUUGGACUACCUCCCACCAGAAAUGAUUGAGGGGCGCAUGUAUGAUGAAAAGGUGGACAUCUGGUCUUUAGGUGUGCUGUGCUACGAGUUCCUGGCAGGAAAGCCCUCAUUUGAGUCCACAUCACAGUUAGAAACCUUCAGAAGGAUUGCCAGGGUAGAUAUCAAAUUCCCAUUGCACUUCUCUGAAGAGGUCAAAGACUUAAUCUGCAAGCUACUGCGGUACAACCCAAAGGAGCGCCUUAGUUUAGAAGGAAUAAUGGAACACCCAUGGAUUAAAAUGCACUAUGACCCCUCUGUUCCUCCACCAAAUCCAUGUGCCAAGUGAAUUGUCAGGAAAGUUGGUGUGGCCCAAGUUCUUCUAAAGUUCCCUCCUUGCAAAGCAUUAACAUAUUUUUUCCUCUUAUUAUUGUUAUUUUUAUCAUUACCACAAAUGAAUAAUUGGAAUAAAUGCUCUCAAAUCCUGAGAUAAUGCUAUUUUUCCUUUUUCUCUGUAUCUAUAUGACACUGUACUUCCUUAUCUUUAUUACUUGGAAUAUAUUGCUCUUUUUCUUUUAUAUUGGGAAAUGUCCCCUUGUAAAUGUGAAAAAUGUACUGAAUAUUAACUAGGAUGCUGGUGUGGCAGAAGUGUUUUGUGUGACGUUUUGUAUGAGAAAAUAAAAUAAAAAACUUGUUUGAAUGAGAAUACAGAUGUAGAACAAUUUACAACAUUGUAUUUUUUAAAUGGAGAAAUUUUUGUGAUUUGACUGCUGUAAUGAUACGGAUUUUAACUGAUCAUUAGUGUGAGUUGUGCAUUGUCAGGUUUUGGAUUUAUAUGAUAAGAUUUUAUAAAAGAUACCCAAUGUUUUUGGAGUCCACUGAAGACAUAUAUAAUCAGGUUGUUUUAUGUUAGUGUAUUAUUUAGAUUAAUCUGUGAUAAGACUUGAUUUCUGUCAAUCCUGUUAUUUGUAAUUUCACAUUAGUCUCCCAGGAUCAUGAGAGGAUGUGUACCCAUGUUUACUUUAAGUAUUUGUUAAAGAGGGUUUUGUAUGAACCCUCAGAGUCACUUCUAUUAGCUAAUAAAAAUGCAAUAAUAAUGAUGCAA